AUGAAUUCAAACACAAAGACUGUGGCAUUCAUCGGUGCUAGUGGCGGCGUGGGCCUUUCAGCCCUCAAGCACACUCUUGCUGCAGGCCACCAGUGCGUUGCACUCUGUCGGCAGCCAUCCAAGCUCACAUCAAUCUUCCCGGAAUCAACCCCAAACCUCAAGGUCAUCGAAGGAAAUGCGCACGACGUGGAAGCCGUCUCGAAAUGCCUAGUGACCGAAGACGGUACACUAGUUGACAUCGUUUUGUCAACUAUCGGCAGCCGUCCCAACUUCCGUAAAAUGACCAUCGAAGACCCCGAGGUCUGCCAAAAGGGCGCUGCUGCUCUUGUUGAGGCUCUAGAUAACCUUCGGCGCGAUGGUAUCACUGGAACCCCACAUUUGAUUACGUUCAGCACCACUGGAAUCUCCCGCUUCGGUCGCGAUUAUCCUAUCGCCGUGUUCCCGAUUUACCACUGGAUGCUCAAGGUCCCGCACGAGGAUAAGCGGAUCACAGAGGAUCGCUUCGCGGAUAGCGGUCGGCCUUUCACCAUUGUCCGCGCCAGUCUGCUCACUACUGGCGAGACCACAAAAGAAAUCCGCGUCGGCAUUGAGGAUCCGAGGUUGGGCCGCGAGUCCGAAGCUAUUGGCUAUGCUAUCUCCAGAGAGGAUUCGGGGAAGUGGGUUGCGGAACACCUGAUUUUGCAGACAGAGAAGCAGUACGUGAACAAGAUUGCGAUGAUCACGAAUUGA